GCCACCUAUGAGAAUUGGGAUCAACAGCGAAAAUCGAGAACAGUUUGCAGUUUGCAUUCUGCGAUUUGCAACGUGUGCAACACAUCCCGGCGAAUUGGUGUAUGAAAGUGCAACUCUCCUGGAGUUUUCCCUUCUUUUCAUUUAACUCAUUAAGUUAGGCAUAAACAUGGAACCGGUGGUUACUGAGCAGUUGAAUAGCAGUAAACAGCGUUUAAUGAGCGACUCCACGGAGCCCAAAGCUCAUUUUGUUGCUCCUGUUGUUCCCCACAAUGCUGAUGGAUGGGGUCCUUGUGAACUGCCAGACCAGUUCAAAGAUAUGCCAUACCAACCUUUCUGCAAAAGUGAUCGAAUUGGCAAAAUAGCUGACUGGACUAUACCGGCUUGUCAUGACAAGAAGUUUGGAAACAAAUAUGCCUCUCAAUUUGGCGGUGGCAGUCAAUAUGCAUAUUAUCAUGAAGAAGAUGAAUCUACUUUCCAUCUUGUUGACAAUACUCGAGUACAAAAACCACCUUACCAACGAGGAAAGUUCAGACAAAACAGAGGAAUGCGUGGCAGAGGCGGUAGUCGUGGUAGUGGUGUUGGUCAGAUGACAGCCCUCAACAAACUCAAGCUUAGAGAAAAAGACCGUAAAGGGCAGAAUAAACGCUGGGGUCGCCAGCAAGGUAUUCGUGGCAAGACACGCGAUGCAUCAGUUACUGUAAAACCAGAUUGGGUAACCAUUGAAGAAAUGGACUUCCCAAGAUUGUCCAAGUUGACAUUACCCGGUGUCAAAGAUCCAGAAGAUGUUGUCUGUUGUGGUGCCUUGGAGUACUAUGACAAAAGCUAUGACAGAGUCAAUGUUAAGAACGAAAAACCUCUACAGAGAAUCGAUCGCAUUUUCCAUACCGUCACGACUACCGACGAUCCGGUUAUCCGCAAAUUAUCCAAAACUGAGGGCAAUGUGUAUGCGACCGACGCAAUUUUGGCAACCAUCAUGUGCUGCACGCGUAGUAACUACUCUUGGGAUAUCGUUAUCGAGAAAAUUGGCAACAAACUUUUCUUCGACAAGCGCGAUAAUACCGAGUUCGAUUUGUUGACUGUGAACGAAACCAGCGUUGAGCCACCGCAAGACGACGGAAACUCGCUCAACUCGCCGAGAAAUCUGGCUCUCGAAGCCACAUUCAUCAAUCACAAUUUCUCGCAACAAGUAUUGAAAUCCGACACGAAGUACAAAUUCGACGAGCCCAAUCCGUUCGUGUCGGAGGAGGAGGAAGGCGAGGUGGCCAGCGUUGCCUACAGAUACAGAAAGUGGGACCUGGGCAACGACAUCACGCUGAUCUGCCGCUGCGAGCACGACGCCGUGACCCAAGGCCCGAACAACGAGACGCAAUUCCUGACGAUCAAGGCCCUCAACGAGUGGGACUCGAAGUUGGCCAACGGCGUCGAGUGGCGUCGCAAGCUCGACACGCAGCGAGGCGCGGUCCUGGCCAAUGAGCUGCGCAACAACGCCUGCAAACUGGCCAAGUGGACGGUCCAGGCUCUGCUCGCGGGCUCCGAUCAGCUCAAGUUCGGAUACGUGUCUCGCGCCAGUGUGCGCGACUCGAGCAAGCACGUCAUCCUCGAGACGCAGCAGUACAAGCCCAACGAGUUCGCCAGUCAGAUCAAUCUGAACAUGGACAACGCCUGGGGCAUUCUGCGCUGCAUCAUCGACACCGUGAUGAAGCAGAAGGACGGCAAGUACCUCAUCAUGAAGGACCCGAACAAGCCGAUGAUUCGCCUCUACGACAUACCCGACAAUACCUUCGAGAGCGAGGGCGACGAGGAGGACGACGAGGAGGAGGAAGUCAAGGACGCUUUCCAGAGUUGAACCAAAGCCGUAACGUGCAUUUAGAACUGUCAAACAUUUCCAAUUAUCAUCUGUUUAUGUUAUUUGUAUAUUAUUAAUGGUGGCAUUGAUGAUAAAAAAAAUGGUCACAAUAAACUUUCGCUUUUUUAAAAAUUCU